CAUCAUAAUCGAGUUGCUUGAGCAGCAAGCGAAUCACAGGAAAAAGAAAAAACGGAGAGGAAGCGCUAGUCUGAGGAGCAGGCGAAGCAAGGGCGGCGGAGAUGGAAGGGCAAGAAGGCACGCAGCAGGAACACCUCGCCCUCGCUCACAAACUCUUCCUCCUCUCCCAUCCGGAUACCGAAGACAUCGAGAAGGUCCGCCUCCGCGGCGAGGUCCUCGAUGCCGUCAGGGCAAACGACAUGGCCUCCCUUUAUGAGUCGCUCGCCUCCGCCUCGGUGCUGGAGAUAGACGCCUCGGUGCUCGAUUCAAUGAAGAAGAAAAUCGAGGAGGAGCUCAAGAAGCUUGAUGAAAAGAUUGCUGAUGCUGAAGAGAAUCUAGGAGAAAGUGAAGUACGUGAAGCUCAUUUAGCUAAGUCUUUGUUCUACAUUCAGAUUGGAGACAAGGAGAAGGCAUUAGAACAGCUUAAAGUAACUGAAGGAAAAACAGUUGCUAUUGGACAAAAGAUGGAUCUUGUCUUCUAUACCUUGCAACUUGGUUUCUUCUACAUGGAUUUUGAUCUCAUUUCUAGGUCAAUUGACAGGGCUAAGAAACUAUUUGAAGAAGGAGGUGACUGGGAGAGGAAGAACCGAUUAAAAGUAUACGAAGGUUUAUAUUGCAUGUCUACCCGUAACUUUAAGAAAGCAGCCAAUUUAUUUUUGGAUUCAAUAUCAACCUUCACAACUUAUGAGCUAUUCUCUUAUGAUACAUUCAUUUUCUACACUGUUCUCACAAGCAUUAUAUCAUUGGACAGAGUAUCUCUUAAACAAAAGGUUGUUGAUGCACCUGAAAUUCUAACAGUUAUUGGCAAAAUUCCUCAUCUAUCUGAAUUCCUCAACUCCCUUUAUGGCUGCCAGUACAAGUCAUUUUUUUCUGCAUUCUCUGGACUAACUGAGCAGAUAAAGUUUGACCGGUAUUUACAGCCUCAUUUUCGGUAUUACAUGAGGGAAGUUCGCACAGUAGUUUAUUCUCAGUUCCUUGAAUCUUACAAGAGCGUGACAAUGGAAGCAAUGGCAACAGCUUUUGGAGUAUCUGUUGAUUUCAUUGAUCUGGAAUUAUCUCGUUUCAUAGCCGCUGGGAAACUGCAUUGCAAGAUCGACAAGGUUGCUGGUGUUCUGGAAACCAACAGACCUGAUGCUAAAAAUGCACUCUACCAGGCAACUAUCAAGCAAGGGGACUUCCUUUUGAAUCGUAUCCAGAAGCUUUCCCGCGUAAUAGACCUGUAAUCAGUUCUUUGUGUUCGUUCCACCUCUUUCGAACUUCUCUUAUUAGCUCUAUCCAUUUCUACGACUUUGGGUGUUCUAGCAUAUUGAAUUACCAGAUUUUAGUCGUUCUCUUGUUAACCUUGACUUACACAAGUUAUUUGUUAUGAUACAGUACAAAUGAUCUUAAAGUUUCUUGGAAUACUUACAUUUA